CAUCUUUAGAAUUCGAGCUCCAGUCACUUUACCUACCCAAAUCCCAUCAUCCACGAAGGACUCUGCAAGAGACUAGACGAACAACACAAUCUUCGAGACUUCCAUUGUCACAGAAAGCAAGAGUGCUGCAAAGAGUGUGCUAAGCACAUACUGCCAAAGACAAACCUCAUCACCUUCUUCAGCUUUACACAAGAUCAGACCACAUCCACCGCUACUGAGCGACUAAUAAACAUCUUUCCGCCCGGCGGACGCGGCUUGCGUUGCGUGAGGUAAGUAUACAGAAGCACGACGAGAGCGUUAGAGACUACAGAGGAUUAAGCAGCGGUUUAGGAAAUGCUAACUGGGUAACAGUUUCGGAUUCCACCGACAAGAUUAUCCGGACUCGACUUGCACUCAAGAUGCUGUCCAAUCCAACCUCGAGCAUAGAACUUCGACGAAAGAGCCACAGGAGACAAAAUUCGACACCAACGCUCGAAGUUCCAAAUGUACGACCAUUUCCUGCGCCAAUUCAACGGAAUACUUCCCACCGAGGCCAUCGACGAGGACUCAGCCUGGACCAACAUAUCUCUCUGCAGCCGCGAGAGAAGAUGAUACCCACACUAGGACCCAUCGCGCAGGACGACAUUUCGGUAAGUCUAACAGAUACAGCACAUCAAAACCCGCAGCAUCCGUUGCAGGUAGCGCAGCAGCACAGUUUGGCUCAGCCGGGCCAGCCAUCCCCUUAUGAGAAUGAAAGAAUACACCAACAAUCACAUCCAACACUUACCAUGGACAAUAUGCACCGGAAUCACUCAUCAGAACAUCCUUCCCCAGCAGUCAUUGAGAUGCACCCUCCACAACAUUUGCUAUCCUCGCCUAAGACUCCACAUCGACAACGCUUUUCGCCUUCUCCACAGCCCAUACAAGGUCCGUUCGGCCCUACACCUGCUCUGUCGGGCCCGUGUGAGGAGGCCGUUAAAAAACUGAAAGAAUCGGUUGAGGCAGUGUAUGGGCCUGGUAGCAAUGUUUUCAUCAACAUACUUCCAACACCUGUCGCGACACCUCAGAAAAGGGCAUCCACGGUUCCUUUGCAGCACAUCGAUACAACCCCAAUUCCCUUUGGGUUUGGAAACGACGGACUCGGUCUUGGAAUGGAACAGUCGAAUAGUUCGCAAGGAUACGAGCCUCAGCACAGUCCUGCAGGAUCCUUCUAUUCGACUGGUUUUGGAUCGCCGACUCGCUCUCCCUACCACUCUCCCCAGCAACAACCGAUACCUAGCUUCAUGGAACAGCCCACUCCUGUCCUGAGUUUCGAUGACCAACCGAUAUUAAGCAACGGGCCUUUCACCUCCUCUCAGACAACUCUGGCUGAAGUUGAGCCGAUAUAUUCCCCCGCUCCAGGCUCAGUGUCCCCGGACCGCUCGCCACGACAAAUGUCCAUUGCAGACUUGAGCCUGGAGACAAUAAUCGAGGACACUGGCGUUUCGGCAGAGGAGGUGGCAAGCCUUAUUGAGCACGACGCCAAGACCAACACAUUCACCUGUCUCUUCGAAGGUUGUGGAAGAAAGGGGUUUCAGCGUCGCGAGAAUGUGCGCUCGCAUGUUCAGACUCACCUUGGAGACCGCCAGUACAAAUGUAUCCAUUGCGGCAAGACAUUCGUUCGGCCGCACGACUUGAAGCGACACGCAAAGAUACACAGUGGGGUCAAACCCUAUACGUGCCCUUGCGGUCAACAGUUUGUGCGCCAGGAUGCUCUUACACGCCACCGCCAGCGCGGAAGCUGCUCAGGCGCCUUUCCAGAUGCUGUUCCGCGGACACCAGCUCGGCGCGGUAGGCCACGGAAGAAGCGUCCUGAGAUGGAUGACAGAGUCGACAAGGCUAAUCGAACAAGAAAAUUGAACGCCGCAAGACAACACCACGAAUAUAGCAGCGGAGGUAGCAGUUAUGGAGGUAGUGGGUCCGAAGCUGAGAAUUCUCCCAGCCCUGAGCCUGCAGCAGCGAAUGCCGAGUUCGACUUCGCCUCCCUGGAUACCGCCAAGUUAGUAAACUUUGGAGAAGACGAUAGCAAGCCGUCUGUGGACUCAUUGAGCAAGAAUACUGAGCCUUUCAGCUUUGAGAGUUUCGACGACUCGAGUCCAUGUAACGCAUCGAGCCCCUUUGAUCCCGGAGUAGCGUCGGACAUGAUUUUCCAACUCUCAUCAUCGUCCGCGACGGCGCCGACGCCACCGGAUUCACCUGCACUUAAAGGCGAACCAUUCAUCAUCCAAGACUUGCAAGGAGGCGAGGAUUUGUUCUUCGGCACGGCAGACUUGAAGGAUCCCUCCGCGUUCUGGAUGUAAUCGCCUCUGUCCUUCCUAUGCUCUUGUUUUAAUUUCUGCUUUUCGGAACCUGUACCAAUAUGCAAUGGAUAACGGUCAUUUUUCCGUGCUGGUCGUGGCAACGAUGGAGGCGUUUAGGAUACUUUUGCUGGAUGGGUCCCUUCAUGGUGGAUUCAGUGGGCGUGCCAUGCUUGUGCAAUACUACAUACGAAGUCAUGACUCGUUGCGCUUGUAAUGCUUUUUACUCUAGGAUAUGACGGGAGUCAACAUAGCUCGCGAGGCUCAGUUAAAAGAAAUCAGAAUGACAGUCCACACAUUUUCGUG